GACAUCUCACAAACAGCUUUUACGCCCACUGCUUAGCUACGAGCACCUGACGGCAAAGAAGAGCAUUUCUAGGGCUGUUCGCGACCUCUCUCGAUUUCCACCGCAUGCGCAUGAAAGCUGCGGCAAGCACCACCACUGUCACGAGCUAGCAGCUCCUAGCGCGAAUCCCUCCCGGGCACCGCGAGGAAAAGUUUCCGUCAAGCGAAAGAAUUGCGCUAGCAGCAGAAUCGAGUUCUGCGCGCGAAGAGUGCUUGGUGCGGUCGAGAGCUACUAUGGCCACAUCACGGUCAAUCGCAAGUGCACCGGGGCUUGACUUCGAGCCGAGCCGACCGAUGCAGGACGCCUGGCGCCACACGCCCCGCAGCCAAGGCCACGGCUCUGAUGAGAGCGAGCCCUCCGCCGCCGCCCACCAGCAGGAGCAGCAGGAGCCCGCCCCCAGCGCCUGCUGCUUUCCUCACAAGUCCUGCAUGCGCUGGUGCUAUGCCAGCCUAUCUGCUGGCUGCAGGAGCGCCCCUUGCCAGCUUUGCCAUGCCUACGACAACCACUGGCGCCCGCAGAAGCCGCCCGGCCUGCCCAAGGUGCCCAAGCUCGCGGCUCCGACCAAGCCCGCCGCCCCGACCAAGCCCGCCGCCGCUGCAAGCCCCAUCUCCACCUCCACCGUCGACCGCAGCUCGACCACGCCGCGAUGGGGCGAUGAUGAUGAGGAUGAGGCUGACGGACUCGACCUGAGCGACCUCUUUGAGCAGACGCCCUGGGUGAAGCAGGGACUGGCGGAGCUCGCGGCGGCCGAGCAGCAGCAGGCGGAAGCCGCACCGGCCGUGCCCGCGGCAGCGUCAGAGUCUGACGGCAGCAGCAGCAGCAGCAGCAGCAGCAGCAGCAGCAGCAGCAGCAUUGCUCCUCGCGCCAGCAUUAGCAGCAGCGGUGGCGCGAGCGGUAGCUGGGCGGAUGAGGUUGAGGCGCAUGAGGAGGCGGAGGAGGAGCUCGACCUCGGGUCGCUCGCAGAUUGGCUGAAGGAGGGCCUGGCGGAGCAGGCGGCGGCGGCAGCUGCCAGCGGCACCGGCGGCACCCCCAACGGCCGCCGCUGGGCGGAUGACGUUGAGGCGGAGGAGGCCGGCGAUUUCGGCGCCUACCUCGCCUCGCUGUCGCCCUGGAUGGCGGCGGAGCUGGCGGCGAUGGGGAAAGCAGAGGCCCAGGGCGAGUGCGUGCCGGCGGCGGCCGAAGCGGCGCAGGAGGUGGCCGUCGUCACUGAGCGGCUGGACGCGCCUGACUCGCCGCUCAGCUCGUGCUGCUGCGCCGUGCCGGACAGCGCCCGCACCAGCCGCAGCGCCAGCAGCUGCAGUCUGGUCUGGGUGGCGGCGGCGGCAGGCAGUGAGACGCCGCAGCAGGUGGAGUUGGUGGAGGCGGCAGUGGAGGAGCAUAGCGCUGACAAGGAGGCCUGCACCGCCGCCGGCAGCAGCAUGGGCAGCUGUGUCGUUCCGCCGAUCGCGGCGGUGCAGCAGGGUGAUGAGUGGCAGUCAGCUGUGAUGCCCUCGCGCCUGCGCCUGGCGAUGGAGCUGGCGGCGGCGGCGUGGGCUGAGCAGGAGCGGGAGCUGGAGGAGUUUGCCGCGUUGGAGCGCGCGUGCGGCUGCUUCCCGCCACCGGCAGCGGUGGCGGCCUGGUAGCGGCAAGGGCCGCUCCGUUUCGUUUGGCUUCCGUGUUACGCCGUCAGCUGCAUGAGCCCUGCAGCCAGCGGCUUGCUGCCCUCGCCAUUUGAAGAUGCAGCAGUAGCAGUAGCAGCAGCAGGAGCAGCAGCAGCCGCAGCCGCCGCAGCUGUGGUGCCGGCGGCCGUUCGCAAGAGGGGCUCGUCACACGUACGUGUGUGGAUGGCACAGUAUCGAAGUGAGCCAGCAGGGCAUGCUGAGCGUGUGUUAUAUGCGAAAGAAGCAGCACUGGGUAUUAUGGUAUGUGAGGCACACCCGCAGCGUAUGCGUGCAAGUAUAGACAGCUAGGCUAAUCGCCGCUACUAGCUACUGAUCGGGCCCAUUCACUAUCAAGUGAACCAGCAGGGCUGUGCCGCCGCACAUUUCUCAUUGUCAGCACGACAGCAGGGCGUGCUACGGUAGUCGGCGUUUACCGCAGGAGACAGGACUGAUUCGCGCGAGUGUUGCCGUGCUGUACUGAUAAUACACCGUAUGUGAGCGAGCGGGAGUGUCAAAGGCCGCACUUGAUGCUGGAUUGCUUGCGCAAGCAAGCACUCAGUGCGAUAUUGCCAUGCGCAUUGGGUGAUGUAGGGAUGUCUAUUUCUCUACUGAGACUCGCCAAAUAAACCCUGCUGAUGUUUCUUAAUAAGAUGUAUGUGUGACUGUAUGGGACCGGGGAACCGGCAGCCCCCCUUGGCCAUACUACGGACUGCUGGUGUUUUGCUAUCGUGCGUGCGUUCAUUUGCUGAGCGAGAGGGUGGCAGGUGGCGAGGGGCGCUGUGCCAAUGGACGCAGGGCUGCCUGGGGCUACAGGUGAGUCAUGGGACGUAGGAGAUGGAGUGGAGGCGACGUCGGAAACGACCUGACGCACGGGAGUGACAGAAGGAGUGCGGAGAGGGAGCCCGCAGAUUAAUGUCUGUGCGCGUACCGCGGUGAGACACAAAGAAGUAUCGAGGUUACCGUAUCUUGGCUCGCUGCAGGAGCGGGCACUAUUCUUACUGUUUACAAGACUCGAGUGGGCUGUCAGUGACACGACGUGUACGUUCUGUGGGUGCAAGUUCCUCCGACCCUUCCGGCAUUCCAGAUGCCAGGAAGCGGCAGCAGUGUGCUUGACUUGAGACUGGCAUUGAUUCUUACAUACUAGACCCCUUGGCUCUUUAGUAAAUGCGCGAGGACCCUUGAGAAGGCCGGAUCCUAUAUCCACAGGUCCAUUGAUUCUUUCCAUCCAUGCAUGGGUGCAGUAGACCUACUAGCUUUCAUUUCUCUAGACCUACUUGUUGCCUUAUCAUCAUCCGACAUUCGAUAGGCGGGUGUGCACUUCUAAUGCUGAGGUGGGUGUGACUUGAUUUGUGGUUUGCGGUUCGUUGGGGCUAGAGAAGCGUGCGACCGUGCGCGGAGAUGCUUGCUGUGCAAGGACGGGCGGCUGUCACUUGCGUGUGUGGCGUGUGGAUUUCGCGCACACGCUCUGUGGACAUUGGAGUUCGAGUACGGUAUGUGACGAACGAAGAGCACGUGUGGGCGGCUGGAUGCAUGGUUUGUCAACAUCGGGAACUGAUGGGCACCGUCCCUGCCGAAGCUAGCAGACUGCACGGAAAUCAUGGCAGGGCAACAACCGCGCUUGGGCGGGCUGUAACUGUAAGGCAGUUCCACU